CAUUUAUUGCCGCAACAGGUAACGAUGGUAACGGAACGGUUCGUGGGUCUAGCGCUAGUUUGCGCAGUGACGUUGGUAGCUUGCGCUCACGGCAAGCUUAGCUACGAAAACUAUGCAGUGUAUAGGGUUGACAUUGCUUCGGAGAAACAGCUGGCGGUGCUGCAACACCUGGAGUCCCUUCCCAAUGGGUACACCUUUCUGGACUUUCCAUCGAGUGUGAACAAGAGUGUUGAAGUUGUCAUUCCACCCAGUGAGGUAGUGAAUGCGCAAAGACUCUUCCGACAGCAUGGCAUCACGAAUAGCCUCAUCACUGGCAACCUGAAACAAAUCCUUGAUCAGGAGCGUCCCGCUCGCAGAAAGGCGGAAGGUUUCGGCUGGACCGACUAUCACACCCUCGAAGAGAUCUACGCCUGGCUGGACGAGAUGGUGGCACAGUACAGUACCGUCCUGUCGGUGGAAACCAUUGGGCAAACGUACGAGAAGCGUGACAUGAAGGUGAUCAAGCUGUCGUACAAGGCGGGCAAUCAGGGCAUCUUUAUCGAUGCGAACAUUCACGCCCGCGAAUGGAUCACUUCGGCUACCGUUACGUGGCUACUGAACGAGCUGCUCACGUCCGAGGAUGCUCGUGUGCGUUAUAUUGCGGAAAAUUAUGACUGGUUCAUUGUGCCUGUGGCGAAUCCGGAUGGGUUUGUGUACACGCAUACCACGGAACGCCUGUGGCGCAAAACCCGAACCCAACACAAUCUGCUGUGCUACGGAACUGAUCCUAAUCGCAACUUCAACUUCCAAUGGAACAAUGGCGGAACUUCUACGACGCCCUGCUCCGACACUUACUCCGGCCCGGCGCCGGAGUCAGAAGUUGAAGUGAGCAAUCUCACCACUUUCGUACGAUCGAUUGCCGCAAACGUGAAACUUGCGCUGUCAAUUCACUCGCGCGGUCAGUAUAUACUACUUCCUUUCGGGUACAACAAUGCACCACGCGCCUACAACUAUCAAGAUCUGAUGCAGAUCGGACAGCGUGCCUCGGUUGAUAUGUACAAGCUGUACAACAAACCCUACCGCGUCGGAACGACCGCCGAUGUGCUGUAUGUUGCAUCGGGUAUUUCCGUGGAUUGGGCGUUUGCCAUCGCUGGUAUCCCGCUGAGCUACACGUACGAGCUGCGCGAUCAGGUAGAGUUUGGCUUCAUUCUGCCUGCAGAUCAAAUCGUGCCGAACGCUGAGGAGCUGCUCGAAGGCAUUGCCAGCAUGAUCGAUGAGGCGAAGAUUCUGGGCUACAUGUGAAAUGGAUGUGCAAUAUUGAUACAGUGACCGAGGUCCUGUUCGCUUAGGAAACAAUAAAUUGAAAAGUUUACCACAUUA